GCCCAACAAACUCUCCCUUGGCCUCCAUUGUAACGCUCUCCUCCUCUUCUUCUGCUCCCUUUUCUCUCUCCUCCUCCUACUUCAUCCCUCAGAUUUCCUCUUCAAAAACACAUCCUCUCACCUCAGAUCCCCAAUUUAUAAUCUGGGUUUCCCUCGAAUUCAUCCAAUUCCAUAAAAAAUCCAAUCUUUUCCCCAAGAAAAAAACAGGGGGAAUUCGAAAAAAUCAAAUUAAUCAUGUCAAGUGGGGGUGGAUCUUUGAGUGACGGUGUGAUAAAGAAGAUAGUAUUAUCCUACACCUACGUAGCAAUAUGGAUCUUCCUAAGUUUCACUGUAAUUGUUUACAACAAAUACAUCUUAGAUCGAAAGAUGUACAAUUGGCCAUACCCAAUUUCUCUAACCAUGAUCCACAUGACCUUCUGUUCGUCCCUCGCAUUCGUGCUCGUCAAAGUUUUCAAGGUGGUGGAGCCGGUGGCGAUGUCGCGGGAGGUUUACCUCUCCUCCGUCGUACCAAUCGGUGCACUGUAUGCGUUUUCCCUGUGGCUGUCAAAUUCCGCUUACAUCUAUCUCAGUGUUUCCUUCAUUCAAAUGUUGAAAGCCCUAAUGCCGGUGGCGGUGUACUCGAUUGGGGUAAUGUUUAAGAAGGAGAAUUUCCGAGGCGAGACGAUGGCGAAUAUGAUGUCAAUUUCUUUCGGUGUUGCGAUCGCCGCGUACGGCGAGGCGAAGUUUGAUGCUUGGGGUGUUACUCUUCAAUUGGGUGCGGUUGCUUUCGAGGCGACAAGAUUGGUUAUGAUCCAGAUCUUGUUGACAUCAAAGGGUAUAAGUUUCAAUCCAAUUACUUCAUUAUACUAUGUUGCUCCUUGUUGUUUGGUGUUUCUGUCGGUUCCUUGGAUUAUUGUUGAGUACCCAAUUUUGAGGGAUUCGUCAAGUUUUCAUCUUGAUUGGUUUAUUUUCGGGACAAAUUCUGUUUGUGCUUUUGCUUUGAAUCUUGCUGUUUUCUUGCUUGUGGGGAAGACAUCUGCACUGACUAUGAAUGUUGCUGGGGUUGUGAAAGAUUGGCUGUUGAUUGCAUUCUCUUGGUCUGUGAUUAAGGAUACUGUUACCCCUAUCAAUUUGUUUGGUUAUGGGUUGGCAUUUUUGGGUGUUGGAUACUACAAUCAUACCAAGUUGCAGGCUCUUAAGGCGAAAGACGCCCAGAAGAAGACGGUUCAGGCUGAUGAUGAGCAGGGUAGGCUGCUUGAAGAAAGAGAUGGUGAUGGGAUUGGUAGGAGGAAUGACAGUCAGUCUUGAGAGUUGAGACUGACUGACUGACUAAUGGAUUCGCACCGAAUCCUCCUUUAUUUAUUUAUGCAAUGCUCGUUUUCGUUUUGGUUAUGAUGGUGAUGAUUAUGAUUCCUUUCAUUGCUUGAAACAAUCGUAAUGGAGUUGGAAGAGUUUUUGAGCUUCAAGGGUUUAAUGAGGAUUCAUGGUUGAGGGUUUUAGGGUAUUAGUAUAAUCUGGAUAAUGCGAGUUCUUGAUUGAAUUCGCGCAUGUAGUCUUAGUUUAUGAUUAUUGUCUUCAAUUAGCAGUCCUCCUAUGUUAUCUUAGCUAUCGUUAGAUUUACUUGUUAUCACAUUUUUAUGGAGAAGGCAAUGGAGGAGGUUCAAGGCUCAGUUUCAAGGUUGUUCUUAUUAGUUGCUAGAAGAGCUACUGUACGAGUCUCCUUGGCCAUUUUCAUCUUUUUGUCAUUUUUGUUCAUGUUUUCAGUACUCUUAUUAUCAUUGGAGGGAGUUUAAUUUAUAUCUAUUCAGAUCUAUAUCUUAUUGUAAUAACUAAUAAUACUUGUUUGAAAUUCUGUUUCUUCA